GACCCAUUGUCUUAAUAAUGCCAGCUCCUAUUGAAUACACUCCCCGUCGCAUGAGUAACAUCCUCAAACAAGACAUUAGCUUUGAGCCAUAUGAGUUUCAACUCUAUCACCCUCAGAAUAACGUCAAGGAUGUAUUUGAAUCACACGAUCUCGAAGCUUCAUUUUGCCGCGAUUUCGCUUGUUGUGGACUGGUCCUUAAUGAUCUUCAUGAUCUUCUCCAGCACUAUGAAGAGUGCCAUGUGCGUCUAGAAGAAGAGGAUGAUAAUGCUAGUCUCUCUGAUGAAGACCACGAAUCAUGGUCUCCCCCUUCAUAUUCUCUUACUUCUUUUGAUGACUCCCCAACAAAUCCCCUCAGUCAAGAUAUUCAAGACAUUCAACUUCCAAAAAUCAAUUCAAUCAAGAAAAAGGCUGCGGCAUAUCUAUCUGAUCUUUAUAAUUCUAGUGCAACUGUUUCCCCCUCUUCUUCUUCUUCUACCAUGUCAUCAGAAAAUGAGUUCAUCGACACACAGCUUGUCGAUGAAGAUUCUGCUUCAAAGUCUCAAGGCAAAAAACGUUCUAUCUGUCAGACUGUUGGCUCGGCCAAUGCGCUUGAUCUCUUGACACAGCCCACAUCAAAAAAGUUUGCGCUCUCAAGUUCUUCAACCAGUGACCUCCCCACUCCUGUCUUAAUAGACGAAGAUAUCCUGGCGCAGGCAGGUGCUUUACUGGCAACUGCCAACACAAAUUCAAACGCUGAUAAACCCUACAAGUGUCCAGUCUUUGGUUGCGACAAAGCGUACAAGAAUCCAAACGGUCUCAAAUACCACAAUCAACAUGGUCACUGCAAUCUAGUGUCGGAUGAAAGUGAAAAUGUUGCCUCAAAACCUUACCAGUGUACAAUUGGUGAAUGUGGCAAGCGCUACAAGAACCUAAACGGUCUCAAAUACCACAUUGAGCACUCUCACAUGGCAGCUCUAAACCACACCUUGGCAACUUUUGGUUCUACCAUCUUUCCCCCCUCUGUACAACCAAUAGGCCCCAAUUCAUAUCCAUUUGAUAAUUUGACUGGAGAUGCACAAAACAACCCCCCGGCCACACCAAUAGCCCUUCCAGAACUGUUUUAAAGAAGAAGAAAACAGGUGCAAUCUCUUGACACAAUUAUACAUACCUUCCUUUUCUUUAUUGUCUAAAGAAAAAGAAAGAAAAAAAAAGUCUUUUGUUAUUGUUAUCAUUAUUUUUGUAAAUACACAUCCUUUUCCCC